AUGGACGCGCUGUUCGAGCGCCCCGACAUCCUCAGCAUGUGCCCCGCGUCCUUGCCCACACCAGACCGGCCGGCGAGCCGCAGAGCGCUCCACGACGGCGUCGACUGCUCCGUGCUGGACUCGUUCGGCAUGCUCCGCGCCAACAUUAGCCCUGUGAAUAGCGAGACCACCGCCUCCACGCCGACGAGUAGCUCGGGAUGUGGCCACAGCUUCAAAGCGCCGGACGCGAGCCGCGACCAGGACGCCGAGCACGUCACCCUCCCCGCCGUGGAGGUGAGCAUGUGGGACAGCGGGUCGCCGCUCUCGCCCGCCCGGGCCAACGCCAACCUGUCCUGGAGCGCGGACGUCUCGUCCUCCUCCGACGACGAGUCCGGCGAGGAGGAGGAUCAUCCGGUGGACUGGGAGGUCAGCUACACCCCUCCACCGCCGUACCCUGACGAGGACGGCCAGGACGGCCAGGACGGCCAGGACGGCCAGCCGCCGGCGGUCCCCGCUGCGAGGCAGGGGAUGCACGCGACGUUCGACGUGGCCGCCGGCUCGGUGCUCAAGGGAGCGUGGGGGGAAGGGGGAGCGCCAGGCGCAGGGGGAGAGCCAGGGGUAGGCCGAGGCCGAGACCCAGUGACCGAGGACGACUUUAUGGCGUACUUCGGACGCUGCUUCGUCCUCUUCUUCUCCAACUUCGGGUACGACGAGCUGAUCCGCUCGGCGGGCCGCCACUUCUGCGACUUCCUGGGCGGCAUGGACAACAUCCACAGCCAGAUCCGCUUCUCGUACCCGAGGAUGAAGAGCCCGUCCAUGUUCGUGGCGGCCGUGGACGAGCGCGGCGCCGUGCUCGUGUACCGCAGCAAGCGGACGGGCUUCCUGCCGUACUUCAUCGGCCAGCUGCAGCAGGUGGCCGAGACCUUCUACGACACGGAGCUGGUCGUCGACACGCUGUCCGUGGCAGAGUGGGCCGACGGAGACGCCGACCACCGCACCGAGGCCCGCCUGCGCCUGGACUUCGACAACCGGGCCUACAUGGAGGCACGCGAGCGGCUGGCGACGCGGCGGGAGCGCGCCGACCUGCACCUGCCCGCCGUGCACGCCGGCCUGCUCAUGUCGCUGUUCCCCUUCGGCGCGCUGCUCGAGGCCGACGGGCAGGACCCCAAGGCGCCGCUUGUCCUCCGGCAGGCCGGCGAGAAGCUCCUGGACGUCCUGGGCGACAGCAGGCCGGUCAUCGACGUGCACGCCGGGGAGUUCAUGAGGAUCCGCCGACCGCAGGGGGCGCUCUUCACCAUGGACAGCAUCAAGGAGCUGCAGUCGGUGAUGUUCGAGGUGCAGGUGCUCAACGCCGCCAACCUGGCCGCGGAGGACGGCGGCGGCGCCGCGGGUCCGAGCCAGGGCGCGGCACCGUGCAUCCUGCUCAAGGGGCAGAUGCUCUACCUGCAGGAGGCCGACGCCAUUGUCUUCCUGUGCUCGCCGCUGGUGAGCGACCUGACGGAGCUGGCGUCGCUGGGCCUGUACCUCAACGACCUGAACCUGCACGGCCUGAGCCGCGAGAUGGUGAUGGAGGGCUGGCACCAGUGCGCGCGCCUGGAGCUCAUGUGCGAGCGCGCCGAGGAGCACUCCCGCCGGCUCGAGGACAGCCUGCGCCUCCAGGACGAGUGGCGCGCGCGCGGCGACGCGCUGCUCACCUCCAUGAUCCCCAGGUCUGUGGCGGACCGCCUGCUCGCCGGCCAGAGCGCGCUCGACACCUGCCAGGCCUUCGACGCCGUCACGGUGCUUUUCUGCGAGCUGCUGCUCGACGGCGGCCCGGGAAGUGCGGAGGCGGUCGCCGAGCGCGUCCGCACCGUCAACCAGGCUUUCUCGCAGUUCGACCAGCUGCUGGACGAGCACCACGUCUACAAGGUGGAGACGGUCGGCAUGGUGUACAUGGUGGUGAGCGGGGCGCCCGACCCGCACCGCGAGCACGCCGCCAGCGCCUGCCGCGCGGCACUGGACCUGCAGCGCUGCGCCCGCCGCCUCGGCCAGGCCGUGCGCUUAGGCCUGCACUCCGGGCCCGUCGUUGGCGGGGUGGUGGGCCUCAAGGUGCCGCGCUACUGCCUGUUCGGCGACACCGUCAACACCGCCUCCAGGAUGCAGGCCAGCAGCAUUUCAGGCAGCGUGCAGCUAUCUGCCGCCACAGAGCUCCUACUAAAGAGCCACAGCGAGUUCAGGACGCUACCUAGGGGACAAGUCUGGGUCAAAGGAAAGGGCUUCAUGAACACCUUUUGGCUACUGCACGGCGAGGAGGGAGCUGAACUUGAAGCUGACGACUACGCAGGAGCAUAGAACGUGCACAAAAUCGCGCGCACAUUAUUCUUUUAACGCAUUUUUCACAACUUAACUAGAAAUAUAUUCUUGUUUCAUAUAUUCAAAUAAUAAUCUUCAUUAUUGUAAAUAGAUACUUUACCCUCGUAGUCUCUCCCAUGAUUGUAAUUGAUAUUACAUGCUUCGUUCAAAAAUGUCGACAAUUGUACGGUAUAGCCUCUAUGUAAUCUAAAAGACAUUAUAUUAAGUAGCCACAGCCUGUCGGAACACUAAUACAUCACGUUUUAAGCACGGUAGUUGUGCACGUGGAAGUGUUCAAUUAGAUAGUUGGCAUAAGCACAGUAGAUGCAGAAAAUUUUCAAACUAACCAGAAUCUGUGGUCCAAACACCGAGCUCGCGAAGCAGGCGUAGAUAUAUCAAUAAAAGCUUUGUAUUUGCUAUAUCUAAGGUAAUCUCUUUUUAAGCUUAAGGUAGGCACCGGUGGAACGGCCAUCACCCAAAAGGAGUUAUUGGAAGACAAAAAAAUCUAAAAACAUCUAAUAUCAUUCGUUUAACCAGCAAUAUAUUAAUAAACAAUGAAAAGCUAUAUUAUUGAGGGACUAUAUGUUCAAUACCACAAGUUUUCCACUUAAGUUGCAUAAACUGCAGUCCACUAAAAAAAUAAUCUUAUUCUCUCACACAGUUUAACAUUAUAUGGCCAUUUUUCACGGGUGUCGUACCUUAAUCUGCAGCUAGCAGUGUAACGGAAAUUUGGAGAUUUGAGUUUGCCAUAGGCAGCUAGCUAAUUCAUAGGUAUAUUGAGGUUUUUAUACUAUAAUUCUUGGAAGUAUUGUAAUCUCAAAUAUUAUUAGCAUGAUCUUU